CCACUUCCCUCUGUGUCUCCUAGCCUGUGUCGUGAAAGAAGACCGGACCGGACCAUACGCGUGUCAUGGAGCCCUGGCCUCCUGCAGCGGUUGACGUGUUGGAGGAAUUGGUCAAUAACCUCUGAGCCUCUCUCCUGCCAGCUCCAGCUCCGGCACCUGCCUCUGUAUGUCCCAUGGCCAUCCCUGCUUCCUACGCGGGUGACGCAACUGGGUGUGGUGGCUUUCUGCUCCAAGUCUCCCUCUUCAUUGAGAUGCAGCCACAGAAGUUCACCUCCGAGCGAUCGAAGGUAACUUUUCUUAUCUCCCUUUUAAGUGGCAAGGCGUUGCUGUGGGCGAAGGCGAUCUGGAACUCCCAGAGUGUCAUCAUUAAUUCCUAUGAAGCUUUCUCCAACCACAUCAAGGAGGCUCUCCAACAGGGUUUCAUCCGGCCAUCUACAUCACUUGCCGCCUCAAGUUUCUUCUUCGUGGGCAAAAAGGACGGAGGCUUGACGCCAUGCAUUGAUUACAGAGCCCUGAACUCACAGACAGUGAAGCUGCCGUAUCCACUUUCCCUGGUCCCAGCUGCCAUCAAGGAACUCCGCAUUUUCUCCAAACUGGACCUGCGGAGCGUGUAUAACCUCGUUUGCAUCCGGGCGGGCGAUGAGUGGAAGAUGGCAUUCAUCACACCUUCAGGCCACUACGAAUAUCGGGUCAUGCUGUAUGGCCUAUCCAACUGACCGUCCGUCUUCCAAUGCUUCAUGAAUGAGGUGUUCCGAGAGUUCCUCCAUCAGUUCGUGAUUGUCUACAUCGACAACAUCCUUAUAUACUCCCAGAACCUGGCCGAACAUCGCCACCAUGUGACGCAGGUCUUUCAGCUGCUCAGAGAACACCACCUAUAUCUGAAGUUGGAGAAAUGUGAGAUCCAUCGCUCCACGGUACAGUUCCUCAGAUACAACAUCAGCCCUGACGGUAUUCAGAUGGACCAGGGGAAGGUAAAUGCCAUUCAGGAGUGGCCACUUCCGCAGUCAGUGAAGGAACUGCAGCGAUUUCUAGGAUUUGCCAACUUCUAUAGACGUUUCAUUCACCAGUUUAGUCAGCUCACAGCAUCCCUCACCUCCAUGCUGCGCAGUAAGCCCAAGUCUCUAUCCUGGAGCCUCGAUGCCCAUGAAGCCUUCCAGCAUCUCAAAGAAGCGUUCAGCAUGGCCCCCGUCCUUCGUCACCCAGAUCCUCAGGUCCCCUUUGCAGUCAAGGUGGACGCCUGGACCACCGGCGUCGGGCCGUGCUGUCUCAGUACUAUGGUGAGCCUCCCCGGCUCUUUCACCAUGUGUUCCGAAAUUACAGUCUACCUAAGGACAUUGUGUCAGAACGGGGUCCCCAGUUCAUCUCGUGUGUAUGGAAGGCAUUCUUUCAGCUCCUAGGGGUAACAGUCAACUUAUCUUCUGGAUACCAUCCUCAGACUAACGGCCAGACUGAGCGGAACGUCCAAGAGCUCGGACGUUACUUUCGGUCAUACUGCUCGAACAAUCAGCACAGCUGGAGCCGAUUCCCAAAACUCCCUCUGACAGUCCACCACCGGCCUGACACCAUUUCAAUGCAUACUCUGCUACCAGCCCCUGCUCUUCCCCUGGACGGAAGAGCCCUCGGAGGUUCCAGCUGUGGACUACUGGUUCCGAGAGAGCGAGAUGGUAUGGGACUCAGCACACAUCCGUCUCCAGCGUGCAGUGCGGAGGCAUAAAUUCUUCGCAGAUAUCUGACGAUCAGACCCCCUCGAUUCCAGCCAGGUGAUAGGGUCUGGCUGUCGACCCGGGACCUCCAUCUUCGCCUGCCCUGCAAGAAGCUGAGUCCCCGCUACAUAGGUCCCUUUCCAAUACAGAGGCAGGUCAGAGCAGGUCACGUAUCAGCUCCAACUCCCGGCCAGGAUGCACCGAACUGGAUGCACCCCAGAAGUUUUGGAAGAGGCCUCACGUCUGUUUCACACAUACUGCGUUUGCGGUGCGUAUUUUUCUUCCUGCACCCAUGUUAACGAUCAGAGCGUUCACACUGCACAUGGUUGCGGUCUGGCAGUGCAUUC